CAACCAACAGCUUAACAAGUCAUUCCCCUUCAUACUCCCUAUUUCACCCACGAUCAAAAUGCAUCUUCCAACCACCACCGCCAUCGUUCUCUCUAUCCUCGCUCAUUCCGCCACCAGCCUCCCCUGCCACGAGCAGCAAGCCGACCAAACCAUCCUCGAAGCCCCCAUCCCCAUCCCCACCACCACCACCCGCGUCGCCACCUCCGAGCACGUCUUCUUCAACACCAACGCCAACUCCGGCCUCUAUCUCUGCGAGAACGCGCUCUUCCGGGGCUACUGCGUCCACUACACCUCUCCCUUUGGGCAGUGCACAACCAUCACCGAUCAAUUCCCGCCGGGAGAUCGCGGCGUUUCGGCCGCGGGGUCGGAUCGGGGGAGUUGGUGUACGCUUUAUUCGGAAUCGGGCUGUCACGGCCAGGAACUGCAGAUCCAUUUCCCCGGCUAUGAGAACCUGGCGUACUUGGGGUGGAAUGAUCGGGCCAAGAGCUUUAAUUGUGCGGCGGAGUGAGGGGUGUAAAAACCUUUCGCUUGGUGGGUGAGGUUUGCUGGAACAAAACAUAUGUCUUUGUGGGCCGCGA